CCACUCGUCGUCGACCUUUCUACCCUUUCCCAAUCGCCAGCCACCAGCCCACCACCAUCCUCAAUCUCCGCUCUCUACCGAUGUUCCUCGGCAGCCACCACCAUCCUCAAUCGCCACUCGCCGUCGACUUCUCCACCUCAAUCGCCCCCGCUUGACUUCGCCCACUCCUUCCUUGUCGAAAGAGAUCCACCCACCUCGUUGCCGUCUCCGCUUCCCCUUGCAUGUUCCUCGAUGGUCGCCGCCUUGCCUUCCUCAUCCUCGGCAGUCAACAACCGAGAUCCUGACCCACCCUACCUUCUCCAAUCGUCGUCGUCCUGCCACUGCCCUUCCUCCCUCUCCAGUCUCCCCUCCUCU